AUGUUCGGGCGUCGGGUCUUCGCCAGCGCCCCGCUCCCCCGCCGGCUGUACGCCAGGCUGCACAUCCAAUCCAGCGCCCAGGCCGCGCGCCGCCUGCCCUCCCUCACCCCCCUGACCGCGCUGGAGGGAAAAAAAACGAAUGUUUUGAAUGCUCUAUCUCUCGCCAGCGCUCGGGAUGGCGCGGUCGGGGCAAAUUCGGUUUCUUCCCUAGCAAAGAUGGAAGAGCUCUUUGCGGUCUGGGCUCCGCUAGGGAACGCCACUGCGUUGGCGUUUAUGCAAAUGAGUGGGAAGGGCUUAAUAAGUUGGUGCAUGCCAUUAAUGAAUCUUUCCUUUCGUUUUAUUGAGACCGCACAGAAAAGAAUAUGA